AUGGCUUCAGCAACGAGCUUCUUCGAAUUUACACCAAAAGACAAGCGCGCGCAGGAGUACCCUUUGUCGCAGCACAAAGGCAAGGUCAUCCUCGCUGUCAACACCGCCUCAAAAUGCGGCUUCACACCUCAAUUCAAAGGUCUCGAAGAGCUCUGGAAGAAGGUGUCGCAGAAAUACCCUGACCAAUUCGUGAUCCUCGGGUUUCCCUGCAAUCAAUUUGGAAACCAAGAUCCUGGUUCAGACGACCAGAUUCAGGAGUUUUGUCAACUCAACUACGGUGUGACCUUUCCAGUCUUGGGAAAGACGGACGUCAAUGGAAACAAGGCAGAACCGGUGUGGGAGUGGAUGAAGGCUCAGAAGCCGGGCCUGUUGGGAUUGAAGCGCAUCAAGUGGAAUUUCGAGAAGUUCUUGAUCGACCGGGACGGCAAGGUUGUGCAGAGAUGGGGGAGUAUCACCAAGCCCGAGUCGUUGGAGAAGGACAUUCUCGCUCUCCUUGAGAAGAAGUCGGGCUAG